AUUGAAAUUUUCGGGACAAUAUUUAUCGUAUGUUAAUGAUUUGAAAAAACAUAUGAAUGAAAACAAUCUUCAAACGGUUCCUUUUCUAUGACAGUAGGUUUUCUAUGGUGACAUCGGUAUAAACAACGAGUGCCAAAUUGUGUUUAUUCAAAUAUACUGCGAAAUGAAAGUAGAGCGUAUUUUUUUGUUUAGUUAGAUUCGCGUGUGGAAAAUGUGUCAAGUGUUUAGUAAUUAAGUGAAAACAUAGUAAACGGCAAAACAGACGCAGAUCCAUUAAUAAUUGUAUCAACCGCUCGUCAAAUAAUAAAUCACGGUAAAUAAAAUGGUGGACGUGGUCACGAAUCGGAUGUUCGACACAUUCAGCAGGUUCAAUCCGAGGGAUAAUCACCAAACCGAUUCGCUCUCGUCCAUUUCGACGUUGAAGCGGUUCUCCAAGGAUCAGAAGUUCAGGCGACAAUUAACUCGAGAAACAGAUCAAAAGACGAGAGACAGUCAGUUGUUCGACAUAAAGGAAAACAUCCCCGAUGUCGUGUUGCCAAAAAAGAGACCUUUCAUGGGACUAAGUUGUCAAAAUUGCACCAACAGUAGUCGAGAAUCGUUGGUGUCGAAGACGACGAAAACGGUCGCUCUGAAGAAUAUCCUGCGACACGAAUUUCCCGCAAGUGAGAAUGGUCUACUGCAGAAAACCUUUUCGGACCUGUGUCAGGUGUACGCCUUGAAGAAAUUUGAAUACGUCCAAGUGGCCGAUCUGGUGUUGCAGAACGAACGGUUGAAACAGGCGAUCGAGAAGACGGCCGUGCAACAAUUCAAGGAUGCAUCAGACGAAACUGACGACGAGUUUUAUCAGAAACUGUUGCAGGAAAAUGGAAAACGGGCGAGGAAAUUGCUUUAUGACAUGAGAUCUACUCUCUCUGAUUUUCUAUUGAGGUUUACAUCGUGGGUUUUGUACAAAUUGUUACCGUGCUUUUUGACAUCGGUAGUAGUUCAUCCUGGUCAAGUGGAAAUGUUGAAAAAAGCUGGUGAUUCCAACGUACCCCUGAUUUUCUUACCUCUGCACAAAUCACAUCUCGAUUACAUCCUCAUUUCCUUCAUCCUGCUCAACAACAACAUCCGAUCGCCUUUGGUCGCUGCAGGAGACAAUUUGAGAAUACCGUUCUUCGGGUCACUCCUGCGAGGUUUGGGCGCCUUCUUCAUAAAGCGGCGCAUCUCGCCGGUGCAAGGCCGUCGCGACCUCAUCUACCGCUCCGUUCUCCACACCUACGUGCAGCAGUGUCUGCGCAGCGGUCACAAUCUUGAGUUCUUCCUGGAAGGUGGACGUACACGCACAGGCCGUCCGCGCAUGCCGAAACUGGGCGUGCUCAGCGUCGUCGUCGAGUCUUUCCUCGACGGAACCGUGGAGGAUGCUUUGUUGGUGCCCGUCAGCGUUAAUUACGAGAAACUGGUGGAUGGAAACUUUAUAAGGGAGCAACUCGGCGAAAAGAAACAGAUGGAAACGUUUGGUAGUGCGAUCAGAGGAAUUUGGCACGUACUAAACUCAAACUAUGGCAUGAUGAGGAUCGAUUUCAAUCAACCGUUUUCACUUAGAGAAUUGGUACAUACGUUCGAUAUGACGGGUAAAAUACCGAAAGCGUCUCCGAGUAAAAAAGUUCUACAAUCAAACCCUUCGACGACGAGCUUGUUUGGUACCGACGUGGUUUCAGAGGAAAAUAAAUCGUUGGUGGAAAGCAUCUCCAAACACAUUAUAUAUGAUUGUGCUCAAUCAACAUCGGUAAUGUCAACAAAUGCGUUGGCCUUUUUACUGUUGAAUAAAUUCCGGAACGGCGUCACCAUGGAUGACUUAAUCGUGGCUUUCGAUCAAUUAAAGGAUGAUUUGAUUGCAAGCGGAAAAGACAUCGGAUUCACUGGUGACUCGAUCGAUGUGAUAAAUUAUGCGAUUUCGAUAUUGGGACCAGGACUUGUACGCAAAGAGAAAACGAGCAACGACAACAACACCGUUGUAAUGGUAAAACCCAAUGCAAUUCUGCCCAACGUGGUGGAACUCUCCUACUACAGUAAUACAUUGGUAACACAUUUCGCCCUCGAAUCCAUCGUGUGUGCUUCGAUUGCCACUCUCGACUCUUCGGACGCACCUCAAGACGUCAUCAACUAUGAAAAAUUAUUAGAGACUGUUCUCGACUUGUGCGAUCUGUUACAGUACGAGUUCGUCCUCCACAAGCCCUGUCAAAGUUUAGAGCAAGUAGUUGUCAGCGUUGUCGAUAAUUUGAUCUAUUCCAAACACAUUUUGAUUGUGGAAAACACAGUGACGAACGAGAGGAGUCGCAAAAUUGCCCAACAAUUUAACGACGAUGAUGCAGAACAGGAAGAAAUUCCUCAUGUUGUGUACAAAAUAAAUCGCGACGUGGCUGCCCAAGAAGAGCUGCGGUAUCUAGGACGACUCGUAAUGCCGCUGGUCGAUUCCUAUUUCGUUACCGCUUUCAUUCUCAACAAGCUGGACGAACGGCAGUUACUCGAAGAGGAUCUGCUCAAUGAUAUUUUGACCGAGAUGCGGGCUCAACUUGCCAACGGAUCGCUCAGUUACGAGGAGAGUGUGUCGAUUGAUUCCGUGAGAAACGCGCUCAAGUUAUUCCAAAAGAUGAACGUGUUGGAGUGUUACUCCGAGAAAAAGAUGCGUUUAUACUAUCUAAAGGACAACGAAGAAGGGGACUUGGAUCAGGUAAAAAGGAUCUGCGACAGAAUCGACCGAUUCAGACAAUCGCAACUUUAGUUAAUUACUUGAUUAAUUAGUUAGAAUAUAGGACAUGUGCCUUUUUACAUACUUUUUGUAUGUCGAAUUUUAUCCGCGUAAUGCGUAGUCUUCUGAGCUAUGAUAAAACUGUGAUAAUUUCUUUAGAUUAACGUUUAUCACAAAUUUAUACUAUGACUUUCUGUAUAUAAAAUAAAUAUUAAAUGACAA